GCGCGAAGCCGCGAAACUGAGAGAAGCACAGCGCUACUUCUGCCGUGGAGAUGGCUGGCAGGUGCAGAACGAGCUUCCCCGAGCCAGAAGAAGAGCUGGGAAUUACUCACGUAUGUCCUUUAGGAGCCGAUUUCGCCAAGAUGCAGUCGUUGUUACUAUGUAUUACCGGCGCUGUCGCUACAGUGGAACCUCUCUCUCUAAGGGCACCCUGAGAUGAGGACGACUCUAUAAUAAGAAUACCCCACUAGCAGUUCUUAAAUAAGGACACCUCUGCUCACAAAUAUGGACACUUUCUUCUGCCCCGUUUGUGUGUCUUGAUCAGAGAGGCGUAUACUGUAGCUGUGUUUUGCAGGAGUGUCGCGGCUGGCAGUGCUGUGCUCUGUGUCGCUCCAGUAGACUGGGAGUUGCAACUUUGAGGAGAGCGAGAGAGAGACAAGUGGCGUGGAGGGAAACUAACACCCCACUUCACAACAACCCUGUACCUGAUCCCGUUCCAUUCACGUCACUGGACGAUGCGUUUGACUCUCUCCUUCAAUACAUGAACACUGCUUCAAGAAAAUGCCGUAACUACCACUGUUGUCACGACGACCACUCUCCCCGUGGGUCACAUGCCCACAGACAUCGUGUAAGAUAUCACGACGGUUCCACCUUACACCCUGGAGACCGCAGAGACAAACUGUCUUGUUCUCCACCUCCGCGAGUUGUCCUCAACGCGUCGCCAGGCAACUACGUUGUCACGGCAGCAAGAUGGGGUCCUCAAGCCACACCCACCACUAGAGUCGUGAACCUUGACCCCGAGAAAUAUGUCACUCUAACUAUGACGGUUUAGCUCUCUUAUUGCAUUCCUUUUUCUGCAAUUUUUACGCAAUAUUGAACCUCCAGUGUAAAUGUUUUUUUUAUUGCUCGCGAG